CCCAAAACCUCCCUUCCUCCUUCGCAAUCCUCUGUUUCCGGCAUCUGAAGUCAGAUACAGAAAAAAAGCCAGAAACUUUUGAAAUGGAUAAACCUGUAAUCGAACCGUGGAGACCCGACUCGGUUCUGUUCCGGCAGCCGGAUACUCCACGUGAGCCGAUGGAGUUCCUGUCUCGUUCCUGGAGCAUCUCGGCCCUAGAAGUUUCCAAAGCUCUGGUCCCACCGCAACCGUCACAAAUGCUGCUGAAGGGCUCGUCCAGUGGCUGUGUCAUACAGGAAGAUGUGGCUGGCGAGGACGUCGGUGGCGAGAGUGCCGCCGUUUCUGGGAACCCUUUCUCGUUCGCUUCCUCUGAGACUUCUCAGAUGGUGAUGGAGCGGAUCAUGUCACAGUCGCAGGACGUAUCUCCACGAACAUCAGGGAGGCUCUCACACAGUAGCGGCCCUCUCAACGGAGCUGGGUCUUUGACAGACAGUCCACCGGUCUCCCCCUCAGAGAUGGACGACGUUAAGAAUUACCCUUACCUGAAUUGUACGCCGGACGGCAUUGAUCCCCCGGAUGUCCAGAAGCAUUUUUCCCGGGCCAAUAACCCUCCAAAUUCCCAGUACAACAAGGCGGCGACACUGGCUCCGACGACCGUUGCUGGCAGUGGGAAGACGGUUGGGAGGUGGUUGAAGGAUAGGAGGGAGAAGAAGAAGGAAGAGACACGGGCCCAUAAUGCCCAGCUCCAUGCUGCUGUUUCUGUGGCUGGUGUUGCCGCUGCUGUGGCCGCCAUUGCGGCUGCUACUGCCUCUUCCUCAAGUUCUGGGAAGGACGAGCAGAUGGCUAAGACAGACUUGGCGGUUGCUUCCGCUGCCGCUUUGGUCGCAGCACAGUGCGUGGAGGUUGCAGAGGUUAUGGGUGCAGAGCGGGAGCCCCUGGCCUCCGUCAUAAGCUCCGCCGUCAAUGUCCGAUCAGCUGGUGAUAUCAUGACACUAACUGCUGCAGCAGCAACUGCUUUGAGGGGAGCAGCCACACUUAAGGCAAGGGCGUUGAAGGAUGUCUGGAACAUAGCAGCUGUAAUACCUGUCGAGAAAGGUGGUGGCAGCGGGAGCAAUGGAAGCUCCAAUGGUAGCUUUAGUGGUGAGCUUGUUCCGGAGGAGAAUUUCUUGGGAAUAUGCAGCAGGGAAUUGCUUGCCAGAGGCUGUGAGCUGCUCAAACGCACCCGGAAAGGAGAUCUUCAUUGGAAGAUAGUCUCUGUUUAUAUCAACAAAAUGAACCAGGUGAUGUUGAAGAUGAAGAGUAGACAUGUUGCCGGGACCAUCACAAAAAAGAAAAAGAAUGUGGUCUUGGAGGUGAUUAAAGAUGUCCCAGCUUGGCCCGGCCGCCACUUGCUUGAUGGUGGAGAGGACCGGAGAUAUUUUGCAUUGAAGACAGUGAUGCGAGGAGUCGUUGAGUUUGAGUGCCAGAGCCAGAGAGAGUAUGAUAUCUGGACUCAGGGUGUGUCAAGACUCCUUUCCCUUGCCGCAGAGAAGAACAAUAGACAUAGAAUUUGAAGAGUGUUGGGUACACUAGGGAAGAAAUAUGGAGAGGCAAAUGGGGGGAUAAAGUAGGAUGAAUGCCUCCAUGAGAACAUAUGAGACUUUGGAAGAUUUGUUUAGGCUGUGUAAUUUUGGGCGUAAAAGGGGUAGAAAUCAAAAGAUAUGUAAUCCAAUUGGGUGUCUUUAAAAUUUGUGGGGUUUUUGUGCUUGUUUUUGAACUGGAAAAGAGUAAAGUGACUCGAGCCCAAAGUAAACCAUAACAGUCCCAUGUGAUGCCAAGUAUGUAGCUCCCUCACUGUUUAGGAAAGAAAAAAGGAUUGUCUUGGACUGAGAUGGUCAAAAAGAAGAAUGAAAGGAAAAGAAUCUCAUCUUGGUGAAGGAAUGACACGGAAGAAGAUAAAUACACUCUCCUGAUUCCAUGUGCUUUCUCUUCUAUGUGGCCUGAUCUUUUUGUCUUUUAAUUCAACUUUGGCAGUUGGAUGUAGGUGGAACUAUGAUUGUCUUCACUUUGUAAUGUUCCACCCUAUGUUAUAAUAUGGUUUAUAUAUGGAUUUGAAUCAGUUGAUUAAAGUUAAUUAAGUACU